AUGUUCUCUCGAGAAGGGUCGCUUAUACGCAAAAAGCAGAGACAAUGGGCUCAGGAAAAAGAAGAGAAGGAACGCGAGAAAGACUGGUUCCCUUUUGGAGCGAACAACAGCCCAGGGGGAGGCAACCCCGUGAGAAAACAUGAGGCUCGCGAUUAUUCCGACAACAAGAUGCAAUCAACUGGCAGAGUUCGAGAACUGAGUCCAACUCCCGUGCCUCUCCGCUGCCCAGCUGCUGGAAUCUCUACACUUGAAGCGAUUAGCUGCAAUAUGAAGGAAAAGGAAACGCAUGCUCCGACUGCUGCAACGGCUUCAAUGUCUCAACCUUACCCGAUGCAAAUGCCACCGUAUGUUUAUCCAAUGACACCGGAAUAUUGGCAGGCGUAUUCUACCAACCCUCAUCAAUUACACCUUGCCUACCCGCCAAUUCCGAUGCCUUACCAUAUGAUUCCACCUGGGGCAAUACCGAUUCCGCCACCAACGAUGAUGUGUAAUACACAAGAGGGAACGAUGCCAGCAACACCGAUAACUCCUUUUUAUACACCAGAACAAUGGAAGUAUGUUCAGUCGAUGCAGGCUCAAUUUCAUCUAAAUUUGUUACCAAAUCAAACCACGGAACACUCUACAGCUGAAUCGAGCUCCCAAGCAAGCGAUAUCAACAAACCAAAACUUCCGGCUACGGCAAUCGUCUAUCCGUUGCCAACUCCGAUUGUCAUGCCUGAAGAUCACAAAGUUCCUAGCUGCCAAAUUUCUCCGAUUCAACCGGUGUUUGUGGAUUUCCGACACGGCACCGCUUCUUCAUCAGAGUCCUCUAGACCGGACGCCUAUAUCACAGCACAAGUUGAGGAGAAACGACGACAACAAAGGGAACUUGAAGAAAAAGCGAGGGUUGAUGAGGAGAAAAUUAGGCAAAUUCGCGAGCACCAAGAACAACAGCAAUUUCUCGAGGAACAAAAGAAAUUGGAGGCUGAAAAAGAUGAGGAGUUGAAGAGGGAAAGGAUCUAUCAACAAGUACUAAACUCCAUUGAAAGAGCAAAAAGAGAUGCCGAGUUAACAAAAAAGGCAAAGAUUUACAAGCAUGUCAUGGAAGGUCAACCCGAUCAGGAAAAGGCGCUGCUUGGUGAAGACGGAUCGAGAAUACUGAAAGAGGUGAAUGCGAUGGAAAGGCAUCGGCAACUCGAAUUGGAACAAAUAGCACAUGCACGAUCACCAUCUAAAGAUGCGGAGAAUAAAAAUCGGCAUCAUGUCACAGUUCACCCAGAUAAUCGACCCAUUCGAUCGAUGAGCGAUCAAGCGACUUCACCAUUUGAACGAGGCACUGGAAGCAGAACAUCACUCCGGCAAUCACCCACUCAAAAGAGACCAUCAUUGGUUAAGCGAAGCAACAGUGCAGAAAGGAAUGAUACGUUCGUCAUUGCCAGCGGUCUCGUAAAGAAAUCGCCGAAUGGUGGUGAGCUGUCGACCCGUGAGAGCCGAAUCCCGAGAGCGGAUAAAUCACUGAUGAGAACAUCAAAAACGGCGAUCGACGACGAGCCUCGCAUGAAAGAAAUCGAAAUGAAAAUCGUCGACCAUUCCGAGCCUGAACCGCUCUCAGCCACCAUUUCGACUAGUUCAGCUGAAGGAACUUCGUCUCCAGUUGAAGUGAUGCUCAUUUCCGAGCCGGGCUAUUCAGAAGAACCAAUCGAAGUACAAUUACCAGCAGAAAGAUUUGCAAAUCGUCGCUCGAUCGAUGGUCCCUGGACAUCAACACCGAGAACAACUGCUGUCACCAAGCACACCUCAAGCAUUCGACAAUUGCCCGAAGAGCCGGCUCGUCGAGUGCUUCAACGACCCGCUGCCCUUGACCCGCAAUCUCUACUCUUCUCCUACACUCCAGUUCGACGCGGUAACAAAAUGAGAGUGAGCGUCGAAAGUGCCCCCAAUGAUGCCUUGAGAGGAUCAGUUGACAGCAAUGAUGCUUCUUCGUCCGGCUCGGCGAGUCCCUCAAGAGCUCAGUCACAACGCUCUCCAUCAAUUCCCUCAGUUAAUGUACAGGAUAGUGAUGCUGAAAAUCGUUUCGCCAGCAACAAUCAACAUGAUAAACUCUACUCGAUUUCACAAUCCCCAGUGGCUUCGUUGGGAAGAACUCGCUCUGGCACCAACAACACACCACUUUUCCAUAAACGACUCGGCGAGCUAGGAGCUGCGAAAAACCAAGAGUCUCAGGAUUCAAUGGCACCGGAAACCCGUCGCUUGGCCGAACAACGAUUCCCGUCAAUGGAACGACUGCGCUCAUCGAUGUUGAACUUGGCAUCAACGGAUGAUGCGACCAAAAACCGACCGGCUUCACCACUUUUGGAUCAAUUCAAGAGCCGGGCACCCCAGUACCGUUCGUUUACAUUGAAGAAGAACUCGGAGAAACAGGCGGCAAUCUUGGAACGCUUGAAUGCGAUGCGAGAACGACUUCAUGAAAAAGAUUCGCUUAAGGAUCGAACCACAAAUCUACUCCGUGUUGCAACACCGAAUUCCGCUCGUGGCCAAAGAACG